AUGAAGAGCGCAGGCGCGUUACUGCCGUCACUCCAGCAUCCUUUCAGUUCGCAUCCGACCACCACGGCCUCCGCCUACAACCGCAAAGAACCACCAGGUGUUCGUUGUUAUAACCCUAUCAAGCAUUUGGGCGGGCGUGAGAACGCCUGCCGCCGCGCGACGAGCAAACGCGCAAACAUAUUCUCCGCGGUGAACAACUUCUUCGCUGAUUCGCCGCUGGUGAAUCAGCUCAAGGGUAUCAUGACUCGACAAACAAGCAGCAGCGGGGGAGAGCCGGGUCCCCCCGAUGAAGCUUCCCGCCCUGAAAGCAGAGAGCCUCCAUCAUUGGCCAUCAGCCCCACAGAUAGCCUGCUGUCUGAUCAGUCUAUAACCCCAUCACGACAACCUCAGAGGCAGGUAACAUUCUUGAAGCCAGCAGCUGACACGAACCUGGACAGGAAAGCAUCCAUCGUGGACGAAACAACGGGAAUCACUAGGACCCAAAUGAAAGAGUUUCGUGAAGCGUUCCGUUUGUUUGACAAAGACGGAGAUGGUACCAUUACUAAGGAAGAAUUGGGACGGGUCAUGCGCAGUCUUGGUCAGUACGCGAGGGUCGAGGAGCUCCAAGAUAUGCUGCAGGAGGUGGAUAGAGAUGGCGACGGGAACGUGAGCUUCGAAGAAUUCGUGAGCAUCCUCUCCAAGUCGAUGUCUGGUCCUGCCGGUGGUACUAGCUCGGCUGAGCAAGAGGAGCGCGAACUGAGGGACGCCUUCCGUGUUUUUGAUAAACACAACAGAGGCUAUAUUUGUGCGUCGGAUCUGAGGGCUGUACUGCAAUGUUUGGGCGAAGAUCUCUCGGAGGAAGAGAUUGAGGACAUGAUUAAAGAAGUUGAUUCUGAUGGUGACGGUCGCAUUGACUUCUUGGAAUUCGUGAGGGCACUCGGCGAGCCUGAGGACGCCUGUGACGAUGAAGACGACGAGGAGACAACCGAUGGCACGGACGUUCCGCUGCAGAGACCAAUCAUUGCAAACUAACUGCUGCUACAAUUUUACUUGACGAGAAAAAUACGCAAUUAAUAUUAAAUGUUUUUAAUAAAACGUAAAUAGUUUCGCAAUCAUUCGUAGUUUCUUAAAUUAGUACGGAUUGCAGAUGUUUUUAAUUAAUUACUACCUACCGACAUAGGUCUCAUAGGUGGUAAUAAACUUCUUCUAAAACUAAUGAGGUAUCCAACAGCAAACAGCUAUAGAUAUGUAUUAGUAUGGGUAGACAAAAGCAAGGAUUUGCAAACAAAGAGUAUUCUAGAGACAAUCCGAGAGCCCAGCGAAUAUCAUUGUCAGAAAAGAAGGAUACAAUG